CAAAUUUCUCGUAGGUGAAAACCUACCUGGCAAUAAAAACUUUCUGAUUCUGAUUUCUGAAAUGUACAUUUUUUUUAUUCUCCUUUUUUAAUUGUUUUCCUGCAGUUGUCACAGUUUUUAUAGCAAGCGGUACUCCAGAACUCUGUACCUGGGAGCCAAGGCCAUCCAGCUGAACAGCAACAGUGUGCAAGCUCUCCUUCUCAAGGGGGCAGCACUGAGAAACAUGGGCCGUGUUCAGGAAGCUAUCAUCCAUUUCAGGGAGGCCAUGCGUUUGGCACCAUGUCAACUGGACUGCUAUGAAGGCCUUAUCGACUGUUACUUGGCAUCCAAUGGGAUUCGAGAAGCCAUGGGAAUGGCUAACAAUAUCUAUAAGACUCUGGGGGCCAAUGCACAGACGCUGACCAUCUUAGCCACAGUGUGCCUGGAAGAUCCUAUGACCCAGGAGAAAGCAAAGUCCCUGCUGGACAAAGCACUGGCCCAGAGACCGGACUACACCAAGGCGGUGGUCAAAAAGGCUGAGCUACUGAGCCGAGAACAGAAGUAUGAAGAAGGAAUUGCUCUCCUCAGGAAUGCCCUGGCCAAUCUGAGUGACUGUGUCCUGCACAGAAUGCUGGGAGAUUUUCUGGUGGCUGUCAAUGAUUACCAAGAAGCCAUGGAUCAGUACAGCAUAGCUCUGAGUCUGGAUCCCAAUGACCAGAAGUCGUUAGAAGGCAUGCAGAAGAUGGAGAAAGAAGAGAGUCCCACAGACGCCACCAUGGAGCUGGAUGGCGAUGACAUGGAAGGCAGUGGGGAGGAUGGAGAUCUGGAGGGCAGUGACAGUGAAGCUGCACCGUGGGCCGAUCAAGAACAGUGGUUUGGUAUGCAGUGACCCCAGGUCACUAAGGGACCCUCGGUCAGUACCACACAGCGCUGCAGCCACCUGGUGGCGUCACACACAGCUACAUUAACCAUCCUCAGGGACGGCUCGGCGUUGACAGAUGAGCCAGUGUUAGCUGCAGAGCCACAGGAAGGAGUAAAUGUUUAAAGGGGCAGUGCAACCUCAAUGGAGGAGAUCAGAUGCCGUUUCGUCCCACGUUGCUCUGCUCAGUGCAUUUGUUUAGAACAGGGGUUGGGAACCUUUUCAGCAGAGAGAGCCAAAAAACUCACAUAUUUUAAAAUGUAUUUCUGUGAGAGCUAAAAAAAUGAUUAACGUUGUUUAACUAUCCAGACAUAAAAUACUUACCAUUAAUGCGACUUCUGGUUCUGCCUGGUUUUGAUGCGAUUGGCUCCAGGGCAAAAAACUUAAUGUAUAGAUUCAAAUGUGUAACAGAGUUAUAAAUAUAUGGUUCCACUUGCCAUACAAAAGAGUUUAAUACACACCAUGUAAGAAAAACCUUAAUUUAUGGUACAGUCAUUAAAUGCAACACCCCUGCUGAUUAGUCGUGAACCCUGGGGAGCAACAGUCGGGCUCUGCUGUCCUUAUGGUAGGUGCACAUGUUAGGAGGUCUGUCAUUAAUUAAUUUGAUUAUAUUAAUUUUAUGACCUGUUGAAAGAUUCUUGCUGUGCGAGGUGUCUUCAGGCAAGGACUGGAAGCAGCCGGUAGAUGAUCGAUUUGUUUAAUAACAAAAC